GUAUUCGAAUUUAGUUUGUUGCCAACUUUCGUUCGGAUCUAUAGCUAGUGUCGCUUGAAGUCAUACUUAUUUUGUAAAAUGGAAUUUUUAAUUUGAUUUCAAAUCGGAAUACAUUCGUUUUUAUCAUUAAUAAAUAGUUAGUUAUCAUGGGUCAAAUCAAAAGUGAGAAAAUUGAUCCGUUGAUCCGCAUUCAAGAAGAAAUAAAAGAAGUCGUACGUCGCGAAGAAGAACAUCGCCAACUUAUCACCGGUAGUUCCCUCACAUCAACAGACGAAUACGAAAUACACAAUAAAAAUGACAUUACUAACAGUAAUAACGGUCAUAAUGACAAUGAUAGCUCCAAUAGUCUAUCAAUCAGUCCCUUACCACAUUCUUCUUUGAAUAACGGCGAAGAUUCCUUAUCACGUGGUAAAAAUAGCAUUAAUAGUAAAGAAUGUAUUGACGAGGACUCAGGAAUAUCAGCGUCGCCAAGUCCAACAAAUGGCAUCUCAGCUACUCCUCUUUACAUAGAACCGAUGAAGCCGUCAAAAGAACAACGUUAUAUUGGUCCGAAUUUCUAUACAAUUACACCAGAACCACCCCGUCAAAUGAUGAUCGCGAGCACGGUUACUUGUACACCCCCUAUUCUUAAUAGGCAACGUAUCUUUGCUUUUAAUCCUGCAAACAAAGGGGUCAUGCAGCGCUUUAUAGCUUCUCGAGGAAAAUUACAACUAGGCAACAAUUAUGCAACAACAAACCAAAUUAUAUUAAAUCCAAAAACCGCAAAUGAUUUGCUAAACAAAAAUAUCACAUCAUCUAUCACGCCACCAACAGUUGUGUCAAGUGCAUUACAUCCAGCAAUGACGCAUGAAGCCUUGACUCCUCCGAUAAUCAUACCAACGGUUACCAUGACUCCACCACAAAUCGAACGGGAUGCAGAAGGUAGAGUAAUUCGGCGAGGUUAUGUACCAGCGGAGGUGAAGAUUCAGAAAGAGAUCAAGGACUUACAAGCGCGUGAGCAUGAACUGAAAAAGCGCAACAAAUUUCGACAAUCUACUUCCGAUUUACUAGAGUCAAUUGAAAACGACAAUGAACAAACAGAUGACGAAGAUUCCGAAAUAGAACAUUGUCUUGGACCUAGACAACUGCGUUCGGCGAAGUCUGUCAGUGAAAUCUCCUACUCCACAUCAUUAAAUAAUAGCAUCUCUCCCAGAGCAACUCCUAGUCCAGAUUACGAUUUGAAAAAAAACGGAGGUGGCACGAUGCGCCCCGCUAUGUCAUUGGCACAGUUGUGUGAUCUACCGCCUGAGGAGGCGCCCUCUUCGCACCGGCUCAUAGUGGAAUGGGAAAAUCGUAUACAAAUGAAUGCUGUGCGCAACACCACAGUGCCAAAUGAAGACUAGAUUCUAAUAAAUUAGAAAAA